CGUCCCACGUGCCGGGGGUUGAUCACGCCUGCGCCAAGAGUAACAAGAUGGCGGAGAGUGCGGAACUGAAGCAAAUGGUAAUGAGCCUUCGUGUUUCGGAGCUCCAAGUACUACUGGGAUACGCGGGACGCAACAAACACGGUCGCAAGCACGAACUCUUGACCAAGGCGCUGCACUUACUGAAGGCCGGCUGCAGCCCUGCCGUGCAGAUGAAAAUCAAAGAGCUGUACCGCCGCCGCUUCCCCACCAAGAUGGUAUCCCCCGCCGAGCUGGCGCUGCCCAGCGUCCACACCAGCAGCAGCUCCCUGGCCGCAGGCAUCACCCAGCUGGCUUUCGAUAGCCAUGGCGCCCCAUCGCCCCUGCUGCCCGUCUCCCUGCUGGGGCCCAAGCAUGAACUUGGCCUGCCUCACCUGCCCUCGGCCCUCAACCCAGUGCACCCCGAUGUCAAGCUGCAGAGGCUGCCCUUCUACGACAUGCUGGAUGAGCUCAUCAAGCCCACCAGUCUGGCCUCGGAUAACAGCCAGCGGUUCCAAGAGACGUGCUUUGCGUUUGCAUUGACGCCUCAGCAAGUGCAGCAGAUCAGCAGCUCAAUGGACAUCUCUGGGACCAAGUGCGACUUCACCGUUCAGGUCCAGCUGAGGUUUUGUUUAUCGGAGACAAGCUGUCCUCAAGAAGACCAUUUUCCUCCCAACCUGUGUGUGAAAGUGAAUGGGAAGCCUUGUAGCCUCCGGUGAGAGUCCUGGCCCGACACCGCCUGCAGCCUGCCUGGAUAUCUUCCUCCAACCAAAAACGGUGUAGAGCCAAAGCGACCGAGCCGGCCCAUCAACAUUACCUCACUGGUCAGGUUGUCGACGACCGUGCCCAACACCAUUGUGGUAUCGUGGACCUCUGAGAUCGGAAGGAGCUACUCCAUGGCCGUGUACCUGGUGAAACAACAGUCCUCCACAGUGCUGCUGCAGAGGCUGCGUGCCAAAGGAAUCCGGAACCCAGACCACUCCAGAGCUCUCAUCAAAGAGAAGCUGACAGCGGAUCCUGACAGUGAAAUCGCUACCACCAGUCUGCGCGUGUCCCUGCUCUGUCCGCUGGGGAAAAUGCGGCUGAUGAUCCCAUGCCGAGCCAUCACCUGCUCGCACCUGCAGUGUUUCGAUGCCACGCUCUACAUCCAGAUGAAUGAGAAGAAACCCACCUGGGUCUGCCCCGUCUGUGACAAAAAGGCCCCCUACGAGCUGCUGAUCAUCGACGGGUUGUUCAUGGAGAUACUGAACAGCUGCGUGGAUUGUGACGAGAUCCAGUUCAAAGAAGAUGGGAGCUGGGCCCCCAUGAGGUCGAAGAAGGAAGUGCAAGAGGUGGCCGCCUCGUAUAAUGGCUUGGAAGGCGCCUGUCGGAACGCCGCGCCCGAGCACAGGAACAGCUCGUCCCACGGAGGCGGAGGUGGCGGCGGGAAGAAGGUGGAGGUGAUCGACCUGACGCUGGACAGCUCCUCGGACGAGGAGGAGGAGGAGGAGCCCCCGCCUAAGAGGACCUGCCCCUCCCUGUCCCCCGCCUCGCCGCCUAUCAACAAGGGGGUGCUCAACCUCCACGCCCAGGCGUCCCCGGUGGCCCGGACUCCCAGCAUGCCCCCUGUCGACACCAGCUACAUCCCGCCGCCUCCACCGCUGCAUCCCAUCCAGGAUUACCGCCACUACUACCACACGCCCAAUGACCUAUCAGAUCUGAAUUUCUUCUCCUUCCUACAAGGCGAUAAUCACCAGCAUUACAGCAUGGUGAUGGCAGCCGCCGCAGCGGCCUCCGCCUCAGACGACCACGAGCUCCUCCUGAACCGCUUCCUGCCGUACGGCUCCUCCCAGGUGUUCCUGGAGCAGCCGGGCACGCCAGCGGGUAGCGCCCUGGCCCCGGCCAACGGCGGCAGCAGCAGUGGCAGCAGCAGCAGCCUGGUCUCGUCCAGCAGCCUGCGGGACAGCCUGCGAGAGAGCCUGCGAGAAAGCCACGCCCACCCCGGGGUGCCCCGAGCCGGCAGCGAGGCAGCCUCCACCGCCGCCAUCUACGGCUCCAUCACCGACGUCAUCUCGCUAGACUGACAGCCGGGACGCUGUCUCUCCCCCCCAGCCCCCCCAGGCCCCCCUACCCCCUCAAAACAAACUCAGACUCAGUUGAAACAAAGAAGAUUAAAAGAAGUAAGGUCUUUUUUAAAAAAAAAAAAAACAAAACAGAAAGGAAUGAUGCUGUGUACAGAGAACAAAAUAUAUUUUCAGUUUUACUUUUGUAUAUAAACUUAGGACUUUGCCUGUCAAGUGAGUGACUUCAGUUGAUAUUUUUCUGUGGAUACUGAAGAUUUUUUCACAGCUAUACAUUUGUUGUCCUCCGAUUAUAUUAUAGCUUUUGUAUUUCAUUAUUGUUUUAUUUUAUUGCUCCACACGAUGGCAUUAUUCUCUUCAGUGGUAUUACGUUAGGCCAAUCUACUCUUCUAUCUGAAAUCAUUGUAGGAAUUUUUCUUCUCCGAGAGAACUAUAACUCAGUGGUUGACAGACGUGUUUUAUCAUUCAAAUGUGCUGAUCAUUUUAUAACGCGUUUAAGUUAUGUAAGAUAUAUUAACUGUUUAAAAGCAUUCCCUACGCCUUUUCAGGAUGUAGCUUCAGGGAGUGCGUCGAUGGCUAAAGUGUGACGUGUCUGCCUCCCCCCCCCCCCCCCCCCCCCCCCAGCUGGGCCCGUUCAGGACUUUUCCAACUUUUUUGACAUGAAAGCCGUCAUCAUCUUCACCUUAGUUUGAAGUCAGUGGAUUGUGCUUUGAACUCGGGUUUAAAGUUACGGAUGGAUCGUUUUAUGCCCCCCCCCCCCCCCCAAACCACUUUGUUUUUAUUUGCACAAUGCCAAAUACAAGCCCACAGAAGAGGAGAAAUGGGGGGGGGGGGCUGAUGUGAGGUCUUGUGGGGAUGUACUUUUCUAAAUGGCCUCAGGGUGUCGACGCUCUCGUGGAUGUCGAGGGCGGCCAGACAACAUGAGAUCUUAGGUGUGAAGGUAAAAAAAAAAGAGUCGCGUACUUUCGUUGCCGUGACAGCUGAUGUGUUCCGGGGGAAGGGAGGGGUACUUCGGAGGUGGUCUGGUGAAUAAAGUGAAUACACUCUGUCCUUGUUGUUGGUGCUUGGAGCACGCUGGUCUCCACGCUCCACGUCUGUCCCGAGCCAUUCCUGGGUCUGUGAGGACCCUGUAGCUGAAAAGCGCUGCAGAUGGCCGUUUGUCAGUGCCUCCGCAGACUUGGCUGGUAAUUGUUUAACCUGGUGUAAAACACAGGAAGGGUUCACUGUCCCUUAUGUGUGAUAUAUCAUGUUCAAACAGUUCGGCACAGUGUCGGUGCCCGUGACAGACUCGCUUACCGUCUUUAGGCGCAGUGUCGGUGCCCGUGACAGACUCGCUUACCGUCUUUAGGCGCAGUGUCGGUGCCCGUGACAGACUCGCUUACCGUCUUUCGGUGCAGUGUCGGUGCCCGUGACGGACUCGCGUACCGUCUUUCGGCGCAGUGUCGGUUCCCGUGACUGACUCGCGUACCGUCUUUCGGCGCAGUGUCGGUUCCCGUGACUGACUCGCGUACCGUCUUUCGGCGCAGUGUCGGUUCCCGUGACUGACUCGCGUACCGUCUUUCGGCGUAGUGUCGGUUCCCGUGACUGACUCGCGUACCGUCUUUAGGCGUAGUGUCGGUUCCCGUGACUGACUCGCGUACCGUCUUUAGGCGCAGUGUCGGUGCCCGUGACGGACUCGCGUACCGUCUUUCGGCGCAGUGUCGGUGCCCGUGACGGACUCGCGUACCGUCUUUCGGCGCAGUGUCGGUGCCCGUGACGGACUCGCGUACCGUCUUUCGGCGUAGUGUCGGUUCCCGUGACGGACUCGCAAACCGUCUUUAGGCGCAGUGUCGGUGCCCGUGACGGACUCGCAAACCGUCUUUAGGCGCAGUGUCGGUGCCCGUGACGGACUCGAGUACCGUCUUUAGGCGCAGUGUCGGUGCCCGUGACGGACUCGCGUACCGUCUUUAGGCGCAGUGUCGGUGCCCGUGACGGACUCGCGUACCGUCUUUCGGCGCAGUGUCGGUGCCCGUGACGGACUCGCGUACCGUCUUUCGGCGCAGUGUCGGUGCCCGUGACGGACUCGCGUACCAUCUUUCGGCGCAGUGUCGGUGCCCGUGACGGACUCGCGUACCAUCUUUCGGCGCAGUGUCGGUGCCCGUGACGGACUCGCGUACCGUCUUUCGGCGCAGUGUCGUUGCCCGUGACUGACUCGCGUACCGUCUUUCGCUGCAGUGUCGGUGCCCGUGACGGACUCGCGUACCGUCUUUCAUCACCAGAGGCAUUUCUCAUCCCAUCUGCAUUACCUUACUGUAAGGAGGAGGCUCCGUCUUCAUUCUGUGUGUCCCUGAUGCACAAGGAGCCCCAAGCUGUUACCUCAGCUGCGCGGAAAUAUCUACGAUCAUUAGUCAGACUCUUGUUAACCAGCCCAGCGUAGAGUCUGUGGUUUCAAAAAGUGACUGAACUUAUUAUGUCAAAUAAAAAGCCUGCAUUCGUGUUGUAGUGUUAAACUACUUGGGAUUAUGUCCUUAAGCAGCAUAUAUAUGUCCAGAUAAACUGGGGCAUCGCUUAUUUUUUUUCCUGUCAUGCUCUGUCAAAUUAUUGCAAGAUUCUUUGGUAAAUGGAGCUCAGUCAAGAUCUGAGAGAGUCCAUCGUACAAAUCUCUGCCCCUAAUCAGGUUCCUGACUCAAAAUUCAUCACACAUUUUGAUUUCUUGAGUGUAAUGUCCCGGACAGUAUGGUUUUUCAGCCAAACUCUGCUUUCCAGCUCCAUUCGCUUCAGUGAAAGAGCCUCUCUCCUUAGUCUGUUUUCCCAUCUAUAAAAUAUGAUCAGUAUUUUUAUUUAUUGUGUAAUGUAUUUUUUUUUUUUUUUUUUACAUUUGUGUUUUUGAUUUCCAUUGAUGUAUUACUGUUACACGCCUGCUUCCUUGUUUAAUAAUUAUACAGUUCUAUUUAAGGAGAUCUUUGGUUAGUCACCUGUUAUAUAUUAAAACAAGCAUCUUUUUUUUCUUUUAGGUUUUCACUCAUGCAGAAUAAUAUAUCUAAUACGUGGGAGUUGUUAGUCUUGCAGCUGCAUCUGAAUUAUUGCUUGUUUCGACAUAAUUAUGUGUGAUCUGGGAAAGGCUAAGGGAAAAGAGAGCGAAGUUGUUCAGUAGCAUCUACACGUAGAUUGGCCAUAUCACCAGAGUUUCGAAAUCCAGGAGGAUAGACAUCGAAUGUCGCCCUGUUAAACAAAAACAAAAAACUAAUUUUAUCUGCAAGUAAUGCCUGGUUAUGUUUGUGACCAUGUUAUGAAAAAGCAGUUAUUUCAUUGGGCGGCCAGCAUUUAAUCGUGCAUUGCCUUUGGGAUGUGUGCUUAGCUGCUGUCGCAUAAGCACGCCCCGUGAUGGCUGGAUGAACUGAAGGUCGGCAUAGAACCCCCUGCGCUCCACCAUCUUAGCCCCAGGCCUCCUGCUGUCGCCAUGGAGACAGACGCAAGCGCCCUGCCCAGCUGGACCCUCUGUCUCACUGGCAGUUUCCUCAGUGUUGUGGCGUUGCACUUUUAAGGGCACUGGAAUUCAGCCCAGUACCUAGACUGUAAACAAAGGUCAUCUGGUCCGCUUUUAAUUACCACGUUUAGGUACCAGAGAGACUUUUCUAAACAAAAUCUAAGUUAACAGCAGAAAUAACCAAUCAAAUAUAUUAAGUUUUAAAGCUUUUGAUUGUGGCGUUUUAAAGACUGAUAAAGGGAAAAUUUACGUGUAUAUAUAUAUAUAUAUAUAUAUAUAUAUAUAUAUAUAUAUAUAUAUAUAUAUAUAUAUAUAUAUAUAUUUAAAAAAAUUACUGGGAAGUCUCUGGCAGUUAUGCAUAGAAGGGACUUCCAGUGAUAUUUAUUCACAUUUUUUGUGGCAUCUGAAACGAGAGAGAUUUAAUUUAUACAUGUUUUUCAGACAAAGAACACCAGUAAGAGGACUUAAGAUGUAGUCCGACUUGCAGAAGAUCCUCACAAGUCCAAAUAGCUACCAUCUGUGCUCACUGCCUUAAAUUCACCAUUACUGUUUCCUUAUGGCAUGUCAAACAAGGAAAAAAUGGCUUUUUAAAAGAAGGAGAAGAUGAAAAAAGAUGUACAGUAGACCAAUGUCAGUUUGUAUAAAAUACCAAGUGGAAAAAAAAAUAUUUAUUACAUGCAUUGGAAGAAAUUGUUUACCUAUUGAAUGUUACCUGUUUAUGUAGAGAAGUUUAGAUGUAAUAAAACGCAUUCAGAUAACUUUACAUUUUUAUGUCUUUAUUUUAGUCAACCAUCAAUACACCCUUUAUUUUUGGCAAAAAUAAGUGUACGUGUUUGCUAAAUGUUUUACAUGCUUGGUCUGGAAAAUUGGCAUUGUUGUGUUUGACGUUGGGAGUUUGAAGGAAAUGAGUAUUCAUUGUCACGGUCAAAUCUAUGUUGCCAGUACCAAACAAGUAUAUUGCCUGUUUUUGUAAAUAAAUGACGUCACUAUCCUA